AUGAUUCAACAUCCUGGAAUCAAGAAUGAAACAGCAAUUAUUUUGAAAGGACUUCAGGGAACAGGUAAAAACAGAUUCACAGACAUUAUUUCUGAACUUCUCGCUGGUUAUUCAUGUAAAAACAUUACUGAAAUAAGUGAGCUAACGGGUAAUUUCAACUCAGUAGUUGAGAAUAAAAUGUUUCUUGUACUUAAUGAACUCAAGAAUGUAGGUGAAGACAGACUCGCAAACUUCAACGCUUUGAAAUCAAUUAUUACGGAUAAUGAGAUUAGAAUUAAUGAAAAGAAUCAACCCAGAAGAACUGCUCAGAAUGUUGCAAACUUCAUUUUCGUAACUAACAACGUCUACCCUGUCAAAAUUGAAGUUGGAGACAGAAGAUACGUAGUUUUAAGGGUUAAUGGUAAAUUCAAGGGUCAAUUUGAUUACUUCAAGAAUUUAAUGGAUUCAUGCACUAAGGAAUUUUAUGAUAAUUUACUGACGUAUUUUAUGCAAUAUGACCUUUCAUCAUUUAAUGUACGAAUCAUACCGAUGACUGAAGCCAAACAAGAUUUAAUAGAAUUAUCAACAAAUCCUUUAGAUGUAUGGAUAAAUACACAUUAUGAUGAAUUGUGUGCAGGUAUGACGUGUGAAAAUGCUCUAUUCUGCAAACCAUCAGACAUGAAAGACAAAAACUUUCAAAUGAGUAUUAAGGAUAAAUGUGAUAGGAAACAGAUAAGAAUAGAUGGUAAACAAACAUGGUGUUAUGUUUUGAAAGAAGAAAUGAAAGGAUUAUAUAAACAGGUUGAACCAAACGAUAAUGAGGAAUCAUUUACUGACGAUGAAAUACCUGUAAAUGAAGCUUUAUAA